GAGAGGGAGGGAGGGAGAGGGAGAGGGAGAGGGGAUUCCCACAGACGGUCAAGAGCAGAGCCUGCCGGGACUUGGAGGCCUCCCUCUGCAGCACAGCCUUUGCCAGUCCCUCGGGGAACCGAAGGGACCCAGCUGAACCCCGGUCCCAGACCGGUCGGACACCGCCCCCGGACUGUCUCUCUGUGAUAUCACCGCAGCCCCAGGAUCGGGUCCGGGUCCGGAGUUCACACUCUCUCCGGCGCUGGUUAAUCCCAUACCCAGCGAGGCGACGGAAAGAGCAACACUGAGUGACUGAGAGAGAGAGAGAGAGAGAGAUAGAGGCCGAGAGACCAGGUGGGUCACCGAGAGAGUCUCCGGUGGACUCAAAGGGAAGUGACAGCCGAGCGAUGGACAGGGGUCCGGCGGGGGGUCAAAGUUCGGCGGCGACACCCGGUCUGGUGAUCCGGCCCUAUCUUCCGGAGGAUUCCGUCCAGGCCCGGCGGAUAUUCGAGGCCGGGAUGCUGGAGCUGGUUCCGGCCGCCUUCCGGAGGGCGUCCCGAUCGCCGGCCAACCUCGGCCUGCUCCUGGCCGUCUCGGGAGCGGUUUACGCCCUCACCGCUUCGCCGGCGCUCGCCGGGCUGAGCGCCCUGGCGCUCCUGGCCCUGGUCCUCCUCGCCUGCCGGGAAGCCUACGCCGGGUACGUCCGGGAGACGCUGAGGGGGGACUUGGCCGACAUCGAGGGACGCUACCUGGGGGGGAACCAGGGCGGUUUCUGGGUGGCUCAGGCGGAAGGGGCCGGGUGUCUGGCGGGCACAGUGGGCGCCAAACCUGACCCCGGUGACCCCACCUCCUGCCAGCUGAUGCGGCUGUCGGUGGACAGGCGGUACCGCCACCAUGGUCUGGGGUCCCGGCUCACCCAGACGGUCCUGGACUUUGCGCGCACUAGCGGCUACCACCGCUGCUCUCUCCAGACAUCCGACGUCCAGGAGCCUGCCCUGCGCCUGUACCAGAGGCUGGGUUUCCGUCUCGUGAGCUCCAACCGGCCACCAAGCGCCGGGCUCCUGAUCCAUUUGUCCAACAUACGGGUGUGCACGCUGGAGAAGAGGCUGUGACGAGCUCUCCCUACUGUCCACAGCUCUCCACACGCCCUCCCAGUGCUGUACAGCCCGGACGGGGAGGGGUCUAGCCUGCAUGGGUGGGCGAGGGGUCUAGACUGGAUGGU